UGGCGGCGGCGGCGGCGGUUCCUGCCGGGGGCUCAGAGCGGCGGGCAGCUUUGAGGGGAGCGGCGGCUCUGAGGGAGUCGGCGGCGGCAGCGGCUUGGCGCUCGUGGCUCUCUGCCCAGCUUGCUUCAAGGCAGACGAUUCGGUCCGAACCGGGCGCGCGGGGGCGGCGGCAACCCGAAGCCUGCGGCCUAGGCCUCAGCGCGGCUGCGGGCUCAAGUACUCCGCGUAGCCGGCCUGAGGGCCUUACCCGGCGGCACCAUGAGCGUGGAGGCGUACGGGCCCAGCUCGCAGACGCUCACCUUCCUGGACACCGAGGAGGCUGAGCUGCUCGGCGCUGACACACAGGGCUCCGAGUUCGAGUUCACCGACUUCACCCUCCCUAGCCAGACCCAGACGCCCCCCGGUGGCCCUGGCGGCCCCGGAGGAGGCGGCGCGGGAGGCCCGGGGGGCGCGGGCGCGGGCGCUGCGGCCGGACAGCUCGACGCGCAGGUUGGACCUGAGGGCAUCCUGCAGAAUGGGGCUGUGGACGACAGUGUGGCUAAGACCAGCCAGCUCUUGGCAGAGUUGAACUUCGAAGAAGAUGAAGAAGAUACCUAUUACACAAAGGACCUUCCCAUCCAUGCCUGCAGUUACUGCGGAAUACACGAUCCUGCUUGCGUGGUUUACUGUAAUACCAGCAAGAAGUGGUUCUGUAACGGCCGUGGAAAUACUUCUGGCAGCCACAUUGUAAAUCACCUCGUGAGGGCAAAAUGCAAAGAGGUGACUCUGCACAAGGACGGGCCCCUGGGGGAGACGGUCCUGGAGUGUUACAACUGUGGCUGUCGCAAUGUCUUCCUUCUCGGCUUCAUUCCCGCCAAGGCCGACUCAGUUGUCGUGCUGCUGUGCAGGCAACCGUGUGCAAGCCAGAGCAGCCUCAAGGAUAUCAACUGGGACAGCUCGCAGUGGCAGCCCCUGAUCCAGGACCGAUGCUUCCUUUCCUGGCUGGUCAAGAUCCCCUCUGAGCAGGAACAGCUUCGGGCCCGGCAGAUCACGGCCCAGCAGAUCAACAAGCUAGAGGAGCUCUGGAAGGAAAACCCUUCAGCCACCUUGGAGGACCUGGAGAAGCCGGGAGUGGAUGAGGAGCCGCAGCAUGUCCUCCUGCGGUACGAAGAUGCCUACCAGUACCAGAACAUCUUUGGCCCCCUGGUCAAGCUGGAGGCUGACUAUGAUAAGAAACUGAAAGAGUCGCAGACUCAAGAUAACAUCACGGUCAGGUGGGACCUGGGCCUUAACAAGAAGAGAAUCGCCUACUUCACUUUGCCCAAGACUGACUCUGGUAAUGAGGAUUUAGUCAUAAUUUGGUUAAGAGACAUGAGACUCAUGCAGGGGGAUGAGAUAUGUCUGCGGUACAAAGGGGACCUUGCACCCCUUUGGAAAGGGAUCGGCCACGUCAUCAAGGUCCCUGAUAAUUAUGGCGAUGAGAUCGCCAUUGAACUCCGUAGCAGUGUGGGGGCACCCGUGGAGGUGACUCAUAAUUUCCAGGUGGAUUUUGUGUGGAAGUCAACCUCAUUUGAUAGGAUGCAGAGUGCGCUAAAAACAUUUGCUGUGGAUGAGACCUCCGUGUCGGGCUACAUCUACCACAAGUUGCUCGGCCAUGAAGUGGAGGAUGUGAUCAUCAAGUGCCAGCUGCCGAAGCGCUUCACAGCACAAGGGCUCCCUGACCUCAACCACUCUCAGGUUUAUGCCGUGAAGACUGUAUUGCAGAGACCGCUGAGUCUGAUCCAGGGCCCUCCAGGCACGGGGAAGACGGUAACAUCAGCCACUAUUGUUUACCACCUGGCUCGGCAAGGCAAUGGGCCUGUACUUGUCUGUGCUCCGAGUAACAUAGCUGUGGAUCAACUGACGGAGAAGAUCCACCAGACAGGGCUGAAAGUUGUGCGCCUCUGUGCCAAGAGUCGCGAGGCCAUUGACUCCCCGGUGUCCUUCUUGGCACUGCACAACCAAAUCAGGAACAUGGACAGCAUGCCAGAGCUGCAGAAGCUACAGCAGCUGAAGGAUGAGACGGGGGAACUCUCUUCUGCGGAUGAGAAGCGGUACCGGGCCCUGAAGCGCACGGCUGAGAGAGAGCUUCUCAUGAAUGCGGAUGUCAUCUGCUGCACCUGUGUGGGUGCUGGUGACCCGAGGCUUGCGAAGAUGCAGUUCCGCUCCAUCUUAAUCGACGAGAGCACCCAAGCCACCGAGCCAGAGUGCAUGGUGCCCGUGGUCCUUGGAGCCAAGCAGCUGAUCCUUGUGGGUGACCACUGCCAGCUGGGCCCAGUGGUGAUGUGCAAGAAAGCAGCCAAAGCCGGGCUGUCACAGUCACUCUUUGAGCGCCUGGUGGUGCUGGGAAUCCGUCCCAUCCGCCUGCAAGUCCAAUACCGGAUGCACCCCGCGCUUAGUGCCUUCCCAUCCAACAUCUUUUACGAGGGCUCUCUCCAAAACGGCGUCACUGCAGCGGACCGUGUGAAAAAGGGGUUUGACUUUCAGUGGCCCCAGCCUGACAAGCCCAUGUUCUUCUACGUGACUCAGGGCCAGGAGGAGAUCGCCAGCUCAGGCACAUCCUACCUGAACAGGACGGAAGCUGCCAACGUAGAGAAAAUUACCACAAAGCUGCUGAAGGCAGGAGCCAAGCCUGACCAGAUCGGCAUUAUCACACCCUACGAGGGCCAGCGCUCCUACCUGGUGCAGUACAUGCAGUUCAGUGGCUCCCUGCACACGAAGCUCUAUCAGGAGGUGGAGAUCGCUAGCGUGGAUGCCUUCCAGGGACGUGAGAAGGACUUCAUCAUCCUCUCCUGCGUGCGGGCAAAUGAGCACCAAGGAAUUGGGUUUUUAAACGACCCCAGACGUCUUAAUGUGGCCCUGACCAGAGCAAGGUACGGCGUCAUCAUCGUCGGCAACCCAAAGGCCCUGUCAAAGCAGCCACUGUGGAACCACUUGCUCAACUACUACAAGGAGCAGAAGGUGCUGGUGGAGGGGCCGCUGAACAACCUCCGGGAAAGCCUCAUGCAGUUUAGCAAGCCCCGGAAGCUUGUCAAUACCAUCAACCCGGGGGCCCGCUUCAUGACAACAGCCAUGUACGAUGCCCGUGAGGCCAUCAUCCCAGGAUCAGUCUACGACCGGAGCAGCCAGGGUCGGCCCUCAAACAUGUACUUUCAGACCCACGACCAGAUCGGCAUGAUCAGCGCUGGCCCCAGCCACGUGGCUGCCAUGAACAUUCCUAUUCCCUUCAACCUGGUUAUGCCACCCAUGCCGCCGCCAGGCUACUUUGGACAAGCUAAUGGGCCAGCGGCAGGCCGGGGUGCCCCCAAAAGCAAGACUGGUCGUGGGGGGCGCCAGAAGAAUCGCUUCGGGCUUCCUGGACCCAGCCAGACCAACCUCCCCAACAGCCAGGCCAGCCAGGAUGUGGCCUCGCAGCCUUUCUCCCAGGGAGCCCUGACGCAGGGCUACAUCUCCAUGAGCCAGCCCUCCCAAAUGAGCCAACCCGGUCUCUCCCAGCCCGAGCUGUCCCAGGACAGUUACCUUGGUGAUGAGUUUAAAUCACAGAUUGAUGUGGCGCUAUCUCAAGACUCCACAUACCAGGGAGAACGGGCGUACCAGCAUGGCGGGGUGACGGGGCUGUCCCAGUACUAGAAGGUGGCGGCGGAAGAGCUAAGCUACGUGGCUUAGUCCAUCAGCAUCUUAUUCUGGGUAAUAAAAAAUAAAAAUAAAUGGAUACCUGUUUUCCACUGCUAAAACUGAAGCACCACUGUGUGAGCAACAGGAGAGGGAGAGGAGCAACCGAGGGAGAGAGGAACCGAGACAGAGCGAGCGCCCCCUGCUGGCACGCGGCGGCGGCGAGGAGAAGGAGAAGGGAGAGCGGGAGGUGGGCCGGCCGCGCAGGAGCCGCCUGGCCAGUCCCUGUCCAGCCCCGCUGCCGAGGAGGCCCAGCUCGCUGCGUCCACACCUGGGUCUGCGACCAGGGCGGAGGGAGGAAGACCCUCAUCUCAGAGUAGCCCUUUCCUCUGUUCUUUUUUCUUUCUUUUUUCUUUUAUUGAAAGGGGACUACGUUU